UGGAUUUAAAGCGGGAAAUAGAUGUUUUGUAAAGGAGUGAUCUGAAAAGUUGACUCCAGCUGUAUAGUUGUUAAAGCUCCUGACAAUGGAUACCCUGCUUUAUCAAACACGCUAACACAGGCGUCGUAUUACACGAAGUAAUGUAACGGACCAUCAAGGACUUUCUGGGACGUCUACUAAAGACAGGAGGGCAACAACAACAACUUUUUUUGUCAAUGAAAGAGAACAAGAUGAAGCCGAAACACACCCACAGGCAUACAGAACCCAACUGGCAAGGGAAGGGUGCCGGUAAAGCUGGUGAAAAGGCAACGCUGAGCCAAGCUCAGCCAACAUGUGCGUCCUCUCCUGCUCAAGUCAAACCUUUUGCUGGGAAAGUGUUUUACCUGGAUCUGCCUUCAAACAGAACAGCAGAGAAAUUGGAGGGUGACAUCAAAGACCUGGGAGGGACUGUUGAGAAGUUCUUCAGCAAAGAAAUCAAGUAUCUGGUGUCCAACAAGAGGGAGGCUAGAUAUGUGCAUUGCCUCAGGAAGGACUCUCCUGUCCCCAGCCCGGUCUCUGGCCCGAGUUCACCUCACCCUCCACCAAAGCAGCACCAGCCCGGCAGCCACGGGGACAACAUGAAGAGCAAGUCUCAGGGCCAAAUGGAUACUUUUAUUCCAAGUCGGGGGAAGUCUUUGGUAGAGAGAGUGGUGAAAGGGCAGGAGAGGGUGAAAAUGAACAAGAUCCUGUCAAAUGCUCUGGAGUGGGGUGUGAAAAUUAUUUAUAUAGCUGAUGUAGUUUCAUAUAUUCAGAAGAAACAAAAGAAUUGCAACAGGCAGUGUUCUGCUGCCAAAACAAGUGUCAAAGCUGGGUCAGCAGCAAAGCAAGGCUUUCAGAAAUGCAAAGGAGGGCGGAUCAGUAAACCGUUCAUCAAGGUUGAGGAUUCAAGCAGGCAUUACCGUCCAAUCUGCCUCACUAUGCCAAACAUGCCGGAGUUCAACCUGAAGACUCUUCCUCCCUGUAGUCCCUUCUGUGUCGACGACAAGCUGAAUCCUGGGAUUAAACAGCCGGGACACAGAGUUGUGAAAGCGUCAGCCAGCGAGGAGCGAGCAAACGGCCGAAAGAAGAACCGAGACAAGAAACGAGGCGGCUACUGCGAGUGCUGCAUGAUCAAAUAUGAGAACGUCUCAAUGCAUCUCAAGAGUGAACGUCACAAGUCUUUCUCCAAAGGCGAUGAAUACUCGGUGGUGGACAAACUGGCGUCGACCCUGCACUGCGACUUCAUCCCCAUCAAAACUCAGGUCAAAAGACCAAAGUGCAGUGUUUCCUCUGUUCUCUUUGUUCCCGGGCCCUGUGGGAAAACUGUACUGAGACACAAGACGGAUCUUGAUCCCACAGAGAUUAUUAAAAAAGAACAGCAUCAGACAGCUGAUGGCCACCAGGGUUCUUAUUCAGGACACACUUUAAAAAUCAGACCAGUUACUGAUACUGCUCCUCUGAAUCACUUUGAGGGGGAGAGGAGGAACAAUAACUCAAACUCUGACAGAUCAAAGCACAAAUCUCUUGCACGUAAACGGCCGUGCAGACCGAAUUCUCUGACUUUGUGCACUCAAAAAGCAGAGCUGACUCAAAAUGAUCAGCUAAAUAUGGAAACAGCCCCCUCUAGAGGUGAAUUUCUACCCUCUAUUCCCUCCAGAGAAACUCGGGACAACAAGGAGGACCCAACAAUAUCUCCACACACGAACAGCUCACCCUCUCGCCUCCAUAAUGUCAACAUGCAGAAUGAAGGUUCUUCAAAAAGCCUUGAUGUUAACGCUCAUCAACUAGAGGAGUCUGAUAAGAAGCAGGCUGCCCAGGAAGGAAACAUAUUGCCCGACAGAAUGACUGGAAACAACCUCUCAGAAAGGGAAGAAAUGAGCCUUCCCUUACCGAGCUUCUCUCCGGUCCGGAAAGUCCAGAGGAGGGUGAGAGUUUAUAAACGCAAAAGACGGAAACUGAACACACACUCUGAAAGUGUAAAGCUAAGUGACAUCCCCGACAACUCCAUGCUGAAAUUUUUUCGGUCAAGUGAUGACAUGGAUGUGGAAUUUCUGGGGUUUGAGGACUAGUAGGGGAGAAGCAAAUCGACAGAAUGAACUGGACUAUUACUGCCUUUUUAAAUACUUGAACCAUACUCUGUGCUGUGGACUAUAUAAUGCACAGGAAUCUCAGUAGGCGGAUUGAUCUGAUUUUGUUUUGUCAGAUAUAAGGCAGCUACAGAUGUGCUGUGUUGUUUGUUUCCCCAGCAUUGUGUAAUUUGUAAAACACUUUGUGGUGGCUUUAAAAGGAAAUGUUGGGAAAAUUGUUUUAAAAACUGUUUUGGAAUUUUAAAUGCUAAAAGUCGGACAGGAGAUACGGACAUUUUAUCAAACUGAAAUAUUGUCUUUAUUGUAACAUUUGUCAAACAUUUAGUUAAAGUAACAAAAGAUUAUUUUGAUAUCCAGUGUCAAUCCUUUUCAAACAACCAGACUAUUUCUAUAAUAUCUUGUCAAAUAUAUAUAGUUAGAACAAAUAUUAACAGUUAAAUGCUUUAACCUGAAUUCAAAUUCUUAAAACUACUUUGUGAAGAAAAAUAGGAUGGCAUAAUAAUAUGCACAUUUUACUUUGAAGUAUCUAUUUGCGUACAUGGCCUUAUUUUGAUCAAUCAUAAAAUACAAUAUCAGUAGAUUUUUUUUCACUUCUUGACGUAUGUGUAAUAUUUGCAAAUGCACCGCAAGUUUGGCCAUAAACCUUAAUCCACCGUCAUACGGACAUUCUUCUAGAUGCAAUCAAUGAAAUAAAAUGCCACCUGAAGAUGUCACUGCUCUGCAGAAGAGGAGCAAAGCCCCAACACCUUAAAGUCCCAUGCAGUCUCUACUUCCAGUUGUUUCCCAUGAAUAUUUUUCAUGGCAAUUGAGCAUUUAUGUGAAAAAGGCUGCUUAAAUCAAAAAUAAUUUUCAAUAAUCUGAAUAAAGAUGGCUUGAUUCUUCUCAGA